AGCUGUUAUAACGGUGUUUUGAGAAGCAUUAUAUCAAAGGAUGAAAAUAGUAAUAGUAAUGCUUUAUGGAUUGCUACUGGAGGUCCUGAGUCAUCAACAAGAAAAAUGCCGAAAGGAAAAACAACGUGCUCAGUUUUAUAUUUAUAAUGCUAAUGUGAACCUUAUAAUCUACCCUUGUAUUUACACUGACACAUAUGCUGGUGAUAUCUGUAAACUAUAUAACUACAGAGAAACGAAAAUUAAUAAUACUGAUAUUAUAGAAAAAUGUAUGAAUUGUUAUUUUGCUCCUGGUACAUACACCAGAAGAGGAACUAAUUUUUAUAAUAAUCUUGAUGGCACACAGAAAUUUCUCACAUUAUGUGAAUUACCAGCUCGUGCCAAAUUGGUAAAUAAUACUGUCGAAACAAGGAUAGGGUUGCGUCAAUACACGGAUGAGAAAUUUUACUAUGCACACCAAAACCAUCAAUAUUAUAUAGUAUGGACUUCCAACGUCUGUCGAGAUCUAAAUUUUAUUUAUGAAGGCUAUUUCGACGUUUGGAGGAUUGAUAACAAAACUGAUUAUAUCCGUAAUGAACACAUCAGUUUAAAACUAACCGAAAACGGAAAUUUGUGUAGUUCUAAAAUAUGGAAUAGCGAUUACGACGGAAUUAUAGUUUCCACACAACGUAUCAAAACCUCAGUCAGUACAAAUUUACCUCAAACGUAUCAGAGCACUCUUCCUCGUGAUUGUGAUGUGACAGCAAGUACAGAAGCGGAUCCUACAAAUAGUUUAGUGAAUGGAUCUACAACUAACGUAUCAAAAAUACAUGUACUGCACAACAAACCUAGUGCUGAAGUCCAACCUAAGUCUGACUUAGGCGGAACAGAAGAAUUAAAUGAGGGUGUCACAGCCACAACCCAAAAAAUUAAUAACCUCAGAGCUUCAGUGCAAUGUUUAAUAUUAGUUGUUAUACUUCUUGUUCUCUGGUACGCGUUUAGCGUUAUCGUUAACUUUUUUUCCCUGCGGACAGCUGGAAAGAUGAGAACAUCCAAGAGCCGUGCCUACCUCAUGUACUGUGUGUCUCAAAGCUUAACGAAUCGCUAUUUGUAUUUAGACGAAUGGGUGAAUGAAAAAAAUGGACAAAUUAACUUGAAGUCUGUACCACAACAGUUAUACGAGAGUGUUGAAUGAAUUUUAUAAAGCCCUCUACACACUUUUAGAUGGGACCGGCUAACACAGAACCCGUCAAAUCGAUUUAUCUUAUUCCAAAAAACCAUUUUCCGACAUAUUUUUCCCUAUAACACUGAAAGUAAGCCCU